AUGGAAAACGAGCCGCCUUUCGUCGACGAGGGGCGCUCGUCUAGGAGGGGACGCAUCAUGGGGAAGCUGUUUGGCAAGGAAAAGAAAUCGCAGGAGAGUUCUGCCGCCACGUUAGAUGCCUUCCUACACAGCUCAGCGGACAAGCUCGAAGUCACACACGCGCCUCCUCCACCGCCGCCGUCCUCCCUGCCCAAGCUUGCCAAGCUCGAUACAACUAUAUCACGCUAUCCACAAGCCUUGGCCGUGAACCAACAAGCCCAGCAGAAUCGGCCCAUGGCCCCGGGCAGAAUGGAAUCGAAAUCGCCAAGAAUAAGUCCUCGACCAAACAAGAAGGGUUUGAUCGUGCGCUUUGCCGACUCAUAUCCAGACAUAAUCGGUGAGGGUGGUGAUGAGUCCGAGAUUCCAACCAUUGAGAUUGGGAGGAAUAGGAGGGCAAGACCGCCGCCGCCGCCAGUCCAUCGAUCACCGAGACUCAAUUCAGCAGCUCCCGUGGGAGGACCUCCAGGACCGCCUGUGCCACUGGGACCUCCCGGAGGCCCUGAUGGCGUGGAUGAAGAUUUCCGGCCCAAGCCUCUCUCACGAACCCAAACGGGGUACUCCUCUAUUUAUGAGCCGGAGACGGAGGAGCGAAGUGCGUCGUCACUCAUGCCACCAAGUGCCACUAACCCCAGGAGUGGUAAUGCUAAUACCUUGGUCCCUGGACGAGCUGCCUCGGCUAGAUACCUUGAGACGUCCGGGAGGCGCGAUGACCAGAGAAGAUCCUUUAUUGAAAUACAUCAGGCGCAAAUGCGCGAGGCGGAGGGCAAAGCCUUUGCUCUCGCUGCUAGGACAGCGAGUUCUGCCAGCCAGCGUGAUUGGGAAGAGGGGGCUCGGCCUCCUGCCACAUAUGCGGAUGACUCCCCUGAUUCUUCACGCCAGUAUCCAUCAUCACCCGAAAUACAAAUAAAGCAGCCGGCCAUGAAUUACAGUCCGGCGGGUUCUAUAACGUCUAAUACCUCCAGCGCAUACCCAGGGUCAAACCCAUCCCAAACAAGCCUCCCCAUACGCCAACCCAGCACGGCAUCACAUCAUGGACCACCUCCCGGGCCGCCACCAUCAAUGGCUGCGAGAUCAGCGUCCAUUAGACUUAACGACGCCGUAGACCAAGCAGGAGAAGAUGCAUUGGCCGCCUUUGUCAUGGGUACAAAGCACCUUUUUGAACUCUUUAGGUUACACGCCGAAACAAUACGGCCAUUAUCCACAUGCGCGCCUAAAGACUGCGCGCGUGCGGCUCUCUGGUGGUUUUUGAAGGGCAGAAUGGGGCUAGAAGCAGCUGUCCGGGACCGUCCAACUACCCCUAAGUCGCAAAUGCAAAAUGAGCUUGACCGGCAGCAAGCCUACUCAAACUUGGCCAAGGGAUAUUGGCUUUGUCAGGAAGCUAUACCAGAGAUCACGGCUGGACAAAGGCUUCCUCCGGAUGCAGAAGUUGCCGGAGCAUCACAAACCCUUGUCUCGGCCCUGAGGAAGCUUUCUCAGUCCAUGAAGCGCAAUGGUUUCCUCCCACCAGAGGAGCCCUUUUUGCCUCAGACAAUUGAUAAGUCAAUAUGGCUCGAGUAUCCUGCACUCAGCCAAGAUCUAAAUGCUCUGCUUUCUGGCAAUUGGGCAUCUGGAUUGACAGCAAUGCAGCACCCAAUGUCUACCCUACAACUUCUGGAUGCGUUCCCUCUGGGCGACACUUCAGAAAACUUCAGCUAUGGCCGCGUUAUGGCAGAUGUGUUUUUGAUGGAACAGGGACGAGAAUCCCAACGACUUUUCUUGCCAUGUAUCCUCUCCAUGGUCCGACCUCAGAAGAGCACGGGGCUAGUGUUUGUCAUUGCUAGUCAAAACGGGUGUGUGCAACUGGCCAUUCAGGACAACAAGAAUGCUGGCCCAGUCUGGGAGGACCUUCGAUGGCAAAAUAACACCUGUGCGGUAGAAGUUCGACUGCCCCGAGGAUUUUUGUUGGUUGCACAAUUGAAUCAAAACGACUACAGGAUGCUUUGGAACAUGUACGACUUUGGCUCCAAAGUGCAGGCCACUUUGCACCCUCGAAGUGACGAGCUCGUGGUGUUUCGAAACAAUCUGCGGUCUUUCCAAUAUAUGGAUGCAGACCCGCAGUCGCGCCUGUUCCCAAAGGAAGCCGUGAGCCAGUGCGACGUGGCCUUGUUCGAGAAGAUCUACAAAGAGAACGGGCCUGCAGGGCCGCGCAGUUGGCAUUGUGGUUUCCGCAUUGCAGUGGUAACAGGACCUCGAACGAGAACAUUAAGCGGUGUGCAGCACAGCUUUCCGCCGCCUUUGCCAGUACAAUUUGGGUUCUUCCGGGCUGAGGGUGAAGCUCCAGCAUUAUCAGUCAAAUUUGUUAAUGGGCGGCAAAAGGGACGAAUGAAUUUAGUCUUUAGCGACGAGAAGGAAAGACUCAAGUUUCACUCCCUCCUGACCGGAACUGCGCUGAAUCAUGACGAGAGAGUGUUUUCUGAGUCUCCUCUCAAGAGCUUCAUGGUGGCGCAAAGCCUCCGUGAACCCACUGGUAUAGCUCCAUUUAGUCGUAUUCCUUGGAAAGCAGCCAGAAUCAUCAAUGACGAGUUCAGCUCUGAUAGAGACCUGCCGCCGACAGUUCUGGCAGACAAGCUCAAGGUUGUCCUGGAGUAUCAGAAUGGCACGGUUGCGGACAGGGUAAAUGUGGCUCCAGGCGAGUUGCGAAUGCGGCUUGAGGUAUCGAAUGCAAAAAUACUGCGUGUUCUCCGACAACCACAGCAGGACAUUACCAUGGCGGUAUCAGAGGCGCAAGUGCCAAAGGAGCUGCCCGCAAACUUGGCAGACGCAUUGCAACUUCUAAAGGCAAACCAAACUAUUCGCUCAUACGAGUUCAACAAUUUGAAGGACCUGCACGAUUUCCAAACCGCACUGACCGGGUUUGAAGUUAUAUUUGAUGCCCUGGCAGUGACCUUUGCCAUUUCGAGAAGGCGCAUGGUCGUUCCUAUUCACAAGAAGUGGGAGGCAGGCUAUACGAGAAUUCAAGUGGUUAAACUAGAAGAUAAACAGCUUCAACUGUUGGCUUUCUUUGAAGACUUUCAGUACGGCCACUGCAUGAACUUUGUACUGAAGGGCACAGACGUAUACGAAACAUUCCAAAGGGGAAGUAAAGCCGGGGUGAAGUUUGUUGAUGCAAAGUUCCCCCUGCCGCGCCUACCAGCGGAUAAGGAUGCAGAUUACGAUGACAUGGCCUUUGUAUGCCUCGAUCUACCAGAUCUACCCGGCGAACAUGAUGACAUCUCGAUCAUGUUCGAAACGGAAACAGAUCGAGAUCUACUUUGUAAAUGUCUUCCUGCACCUACGAAAGGCUCGUCAAGAAUCUCAUCCCGGUUGAGGUGA